UGCUGCUGGUGCUGGACAACCCGUCACUAAUAUUCAGUAAAACCUUCAGAUUACAUAGAUCUCUAGCUGGUGGGAUUAAAGUUUCUUUUCAUAUUAAACAACACUUUUGCGAUGUUUUCACGUCUUCUUGACCCGUAUUUGGGAUCUGAAAGCAGUUUGUCGGAGUUCUUUUGAACGCCACAAAAAUAAACGCUGCAGCUCUUCCUAGUUGAAUAUUGGGGGUUAAUGUUUUCCAGAAUAUGUUUUGACACCAACUUUUAUUUCUCCUGACAGACAAAUUAACCGUGUUAAAGUCCCAGUGAUGUAUUUUCGUCUUCACCUGGUGCUUUCAGCGGUUUUAAUUAAAGGUGAUUUUUCUGCAGAUGUUCAAUCCAAACAAGUCCAUGCCUUUGCUGGAGGGGCAAUCAUCCUGCCCUGCUCUAUUGAACCAGCAGCUAGUUCAGAUAUUCAGACCGUGGAGUGGUCCAAAGAGGUAGAAGGGCAGAUGCCAGCUAUUGUUUUCCUGUACCGUGAUGGCUGCGAGACCUUUGAGAUGAAGGAUUCUGACUUCGAGUACAGAACCAGCCUCAUCAUGAGACAGCUGCAGAAAGGGAACUUCUCAUUAAGGAUCGCCAAUGUCAAGCUUUCCGAUACCGGGACGUUCCACUGUUUACUCAUCUGGAAGAAUAAAACCAAAGAAGAAAGCAUCGUAGAGUUGGUUGUUGCGUCGUCCUCGGAUCCAAAGCUUUCUGUGGUUUCUGUGGACAGCAGAGGAGUUACUGUUCAGUGUGAAGCCCUCUGCUGGAUGCCAGUGCCGGUGAUGACAACUGUGGAUGAUGAAGGAAACAAACUCACUGAAGAAGAGCAGAAACAAGAACUAGAUCCUAGAGGAUGUUACAACAUUAAGCAAAAUGUCACUCUGCAAAAUCCCCUAAGCAAGGUUGUGUGCAAAGUUCACCAGCAGCAAAGGAAUCACAGCAAGAUGACGGAAAUCCUCCUUCCAGAUUUCGGGGAAAGCUGUGUUAUGUCCUAUCUCAUCUCAGCGGCAGUAACGACUUUGCUUUUCAUCACAGCUUUUUGCAUUUAUAUUUGGGUAAACAAGAAACAUUACAGUUCUGAUGGAGGAAACCAAGAACAGAUGACAGAUAUUUCGGACCAAACCUCAAAAAGCCAGUCCAAUGAAACCCAAUCCCUUCUUGACCAGCAGAUUGCAGCUGAUAACAAACAAAACAGCCUGACUGAGGAAUUGAACCAACAAGUUAAUGGUUUAUAGGUAUUUCCUGCAUUUAAUAUCUCAGGUUAAUCCUCUGACAUCAACACUAAAGCUCUAAGGAAGGACAGUUAGAACACCAAUGUGCAAAACCUGAAACAUUACCUAGUUUAUCCAAAAAGAGUCUGAUAUUAAAGCUACAGUGUGUAAUAAUUACAGGGAUAUACAG